ACUAAAUCCCACUAAUAACCACCAUAUAUAACCACUACUAAGUCACAGUGUAUCACAUUUCAGUAAGUUCUACAGUAUACUUCAGUCCACUCCAUAAUUUAGUGAAUAUUUGAACUAAGUAACUCAGUAACUAAAUCCUUACUCAGUAAAGAACACUCAGUACAGAACACACUACACAAAUCUCACCACUACCACUAAAUACACACAGUAACACACUACACAUUACACACGACAAAUAACUAACCACAGAUGAACUUACAGGAUAGCUGUACGCCUAUAAAUCCGGCCCUAACCAGUCAGCACGACUUGGAACCUUCAGCAUCAUUAUCAUCCUCCUCAUCCAUGCUCCGUAAUCUGACCUACGAUCUGAUUCUUACUACGGCUUCUACUACCACUUCUACUACCACUUCCACCACCACUGGAGCUCUACCUCAUAAGCAAACCGAGCAUAAUAUCACCGAACCUGACUUAUCCAAUACUCAUUCAUCUAUAGUCACUCGACUUUCAACUCCUCCACCUCCUGUAUACCAUUUAUCUACUCCCAAUAUAACGUCUUCUACUACAUCCAAACCUCAUGAAAAUGAAUCAGUAGUAACUCCAUUCCUUGUUAAACAUAUUAGUGAUCAAUCAGCUAUUCCUAAUGAUAAUUUCCAUAAGUAUUGUUAUCGUCAUAAUCCAGAAAUUACCUGUAAUAAACAUACAGAUGAAGCUAAAAUGAAAAAGAUUCAAUCUUCAUUGGAAAAACUUCCAAGUCGAGAUCAAGAAGCUAUAUCUCAUGUAUGGUCAAUCUUUAGUGCUGCACCAUCUCAACAUCGUCAGUUGAUUCUUCAAGGACUCUUAUCUCAAUGUUGUUUCCCUCAAUUAUCAUUCAUAUCUCAAGAAGUUUCUACUUUAAUUCGUAUUGAUUUUAUUUCAACUUUACCAGUAGAAAUUUCUCUUAAGAUAUUAUGUUAUCUUGAUUGUCGAUCACUUUGUAAUGCUGCACAAGUUCUGAAGAAAUGGAAAAGUUUAGCUGAUGAUGAUCGAGUUUGGCAUCAUAUGUGUGAACAACAUAUUGAUAGAAAGUGUCCAAAUUGUGGAUGGGGGUUACCAUUAAUGCAUAUGAAACGAGCACGAGAAAUGACUGAAGAAGAUAUUAAACCCAUUAAAAGAAGAGCUUCUAUAACUCAAGAUGAUGGAAAUACUUCAACUGAUGAUAGUACUCCUAAUCCAGUUAAAAGACCUAAAUUAGGUAAUGAAACUAUUGAAGAAUCUAAUUCUCUGGCAAUAGUUGUAUCACCUCCAAAACCAAUAAAAAAACGGCCUUGGAAAUCAGUUUAUUCUGAAAGAUAUAAACUUGAAAAAAAUUGGAGAAAUGGUACUUUUACAAUUAAGAAAUUUUUAGGUCAUAGUGAUGGAGUUACAUGUCUUCAAUUUAAUCGAAAAUAUUUAAUGACAGGAUCUUAUGAUACUACCAUUAAGAUUUGGAAGAUUGAUACUGGAGAAUGUCUUAAAACUCUUGAAGGUCAUACUAAGGGAGUUAGAUCUCUUGUAUUUGAUAGUCAAAAACUUAUAACUGGUGGAUUAGAUUCUACUAUUAAAGUAUGGAAUUAUCAUACUGGUCAAUGUAUUGCAACUUAUAGAGGUCAUGAAGAUUCAGUAGUUUCUGUUGAUUUUUCUGGUAAAUCAAUUGUAUCUGGAUCAGCUGAUCAUACUGUUAAAGUAUGGCAUGUAGAUUCAAGAACUUGUUAUACAUUAAGAGGUCAUACUGAUUGGGUUAAUUGUGUAAAGAUCCAUGCCCCUUCCAAUACAAUUUUUAGUGCUUCUGAUGAUACUACAAUUCGGAUGUGGGAUCUUCAGAAUAAUCAAUGUUUAAGAAUCUUUGGAGGGGCCGGAAAUAAUGGACAUAUUGGUCAGGUGCAAACGGUUAUUCCGUUUACCUAUAAGGAGGACUUGAUAGAAGAUGAGAGCGAGAGUGAGAAUGAAGGUGAUAAUGGAAAUAGAAAUGGAAAUGGCAAUGGCACUACCAAUACUCAUAGUCGUCCACUGACUGCUCCGGCUGCACGUGCUUUCGAUAAUGUAGAAGCCGGAGAUGUAGUUAAUGCCGAUGAGUCUAGUCAUGAAUUAUUAUGGGAUGCUAAUUACCCUACGCAUUUACUCACUUCAUCACUUGAUAAUACCAUAAAAUUAUGGGAUGUUAAAACCGGGAAAUGUAUCCGAACUCAAUUCGGACAUAUUGAAGGAGUAUGGUCUAUUGCGGCUGAUACUUUCCGAAUUAUUUCCGGAGCUCAUGAUAGUCUUAUUAAAGUAUGGGAUCUUCAGAAUGGGAAAUGUUUACAUACAUUUGGUAACACUUCUAGUGUAAGUUGUGUAGGGUUGAGUGACUCUCGAUUUGCUGCUGGAUUAGACAGUGGAGCCGUAAAGAUGUAUUGUUUUGAUUAGGUUAUUUAAUAUAUGUAAAUUAGAGAGAGAGUUUGAUAA